AUGAGAUUUAAAAUUACAACCCUACUUAGGUAAUGUUUUUAAAUCAAAAAUAUAUUUCAGAAUUCAGGCUAACUUUUCCUGAGGUAGCUCAUCUACCGUAAAUCCGCACUAGUCUAAGCCACCCAUUUCAAACUGGCGCUUAUGUUUCAAACCAACAGGGCUGAUUUUUAUUACUAAUAAUUGUUAUGACAAUGAGCUGAAGUAGGCCGAAUUGAUAACUAGUCAUGAAUCCCAUCCCACAAACCCACCGUAAACUGAAGAUGGCACAGUUUCUAGCCAAAGGAGGUCCGCGACUGACCGAUGGCCAGUAUUGUUUGUGAAAAAGGCGGUUUACUGCUGUGCUCUGAAAAUGUUUACAUUUGCUUUCUAAGGCUAUUUUAUCAUCUUUCCUUAAAGUCGGUUUUGGAAGAUCAUUCGGAAAAUAGACAUUUUCGUUGGAUAGUUUCUCUCCAAGUCAGUGCAUUUACUUGGUCAUCCGAUCAAUAAAACACGCGAAUAAUAGAAUAAGCUGAAUAAUUUUCAAUUUGCCACACCCUACGUCUGUACAAAGAUGAAUAUUUCUUGAUUCAUCAUAUUACUCACAUGCUUCAUCGAUCCCACCACCAUAAAAAUGCCCUGGCUUGGUGAUAAUUUAUAAAAAUCAAAGGUUUAGAAAAUUUGGACAACUUCGUAAUCAGUCUUGUGGGAUUGGUCUUCAUCGUCUUUAAUGGGCCAAAUAUCGUUGUCAGUGGCAGUGACGGUUAUAGUGGGGAUUACAGUUAACAGAAGUGCCAAAAGAGUCUCGCGUUGAGGUACCGUCUAACCGGGGUGAAGGCUAUUAUUUAACAGGCGCGAUACACAUGGUCUGCGAUACAUUAACAAAGGAGUGACUAGAAAAGCUGACACCUCGUAGAACGUAUUCGACCAAAUAUACUCGUCUUUCGAAAAAAAUCGACAUACUCCGGGCAUCCGGCCUAAUUUUUCUCCACAACCACAUUCAGAUUUUGAUCUUGGAAUCGUACCUGAGCGCAUAAUUUCAUAAAAUUUGGCAUGCUAAGGGCUUAAGUAAUCUUGAAAACUCUCUGAAAUUAUCAGUAGUUACCUAAAAAUGCCCUCUCUGUGGUUGGAAGGGGUAGCUAAACGGGGUUCAUUUCACCGUACAAAUCGCAAAUAUGCAAAAAGAUAAGAAGAAUUCCGAUUAUCGGUUUUUCCCAAGCAUUAUCUGCCGUCGCGAAAUUCUGACUGAAAAACCGACACCCUAAUUGAUGAUGCUGGGACAGUUUUGACAUCCGGGAAACCAUUGAACGAAAGAAUGACACCAAUGUGUCCUAGUAAACUGCUUUAAAUGGCCAUUUCCUUUUGAAAUACGGAGGACUCAACAACUAUCAUUAGCUCUGGGGUUAGUCCAGAUGUUUCCCUUUCUGUCCUUUUGUGCCACCGCCAACUUAAAUUAGAGGGCGGUUUAUAUUUGUUCCAGGCAAUAGCUUGCCUUGUUUACCGGAGUUAUCUUUCUGUUUUAUCUAAAUAACUAGACGUAAACAUCCCUUGUAUUUGUAUGUAAGUUCUUUGGCGGGACAGACUUAUGUGGACGUCUAAACGGGAUAUGGAAAUAGGAACGCCCCGCCCAAGUAAUAAAGUUGGGCCUGCCCAUAGUUAUAAAAAGGGAGAAAAUAUCCCCUUGUCCUAACCCCACCAAUAAGUUUGAACGGUUUCCAAUUCCAGAAAAAUUUUGAGUCAGGUCACCCAUUGCAUCAGUGUUUGGCAAUUUAAGGCUACAAGUUGCAUACUCUCCACGUAAGCAUAUCUAUAGAGUUCAUGAAAUUUUGCAGCGGAUGCGGAAAAUUUUGUACAUUUUAUGAGGAGCAUUAAUACAGGCACAGGUGUGAUGUUGUCUUAAUAGACAUUGUAUGGUCUUAAAAAUGCCAUAAUUAGAAACCUUUUCAUCACUUAAAUAUACCCCUUUUCGAGCGUAAAAUAUUCACUCAGCGUGAUGUGCUGCCUAAUGAGUAGGAUAAUGCGCAGUUUCAUGCAUGUUUUCCGCAAAAUAUAUUUGAAUUUUUAGGAACAUCUAAAAUUCAUGUAAAAAAUGAUAUUAGUUAAGUAGACACUUUGUCUCAAAUGUGGUUUUUACAGGAGGCCAAAAAGAAGUGUAUUCCAAGACCAAAAUCAUGAUGAAUCUCAAAUAUUCUAAAAUCAUGCCCCACGAUAAUGAAGAUUGCAUCCCCACUUAAGUAAUCCUUCCUAAUUGAAAACCAUUUUCAGAAUUUCGGCCAACAUUUCCUGAAAUCGGUCACUCAGUGUGCUAGCAUUGCCACAAAUUAUUCGUCACCAUCCUUGGUAAAAGAACUCGACGAGAUAACUUGUCUGGCCGGAAUUUUUGCCAAAAACAUAAACCGACUCAAAAAAGAAAUGUGCUGUGAUAAAAAAAAAGGGUUGCACAGACAAAACAUGCAACGCGACAGUUAAUUUCAAACCAUUUAAGCCUAGAGAGAGAGAACGGAGUAUUUGUAUGGGCUAUAAUCACGUUCACCCAACAGACAGGCGACAAAAAUAUUCCACUUCGACUCUCGGACACGCAGCUGAACUCGGCCAGUGCCUAGCUUUAUUUGGGCGGAAACGUGUGAAACGCACUAUUGCUGCAUCAGUGACCGUUCGUAGCGCCACGCACAACUGCCAUUAAACCCGCUUCAAGUUGGGGGGUGCCGCUGGCUUUUUAUAUGCUUAGCAGAUUUAUAUCGUCAGUUGGGCAACAUCACCCGACUGAGUGCUUAAAUUACCGCAGCUCGGUGCAUUUUAACCCUUAAAAACUAGCGUUGAAAAUGAGCUGGGGGGCUCAGACAAGUAAUUUUUAAUAACCGCCGGUUUUUUAGACUACCGAGGGGGGGAGGGAGGUCCUCUCAGUGUCGCUUUAACUCAUGUAGACUCGUGUUGCAAGUACGAUUUAUUUUCAACCCAGUGAGUUGUUAUCGGCUCUGAAUUAAAAGUAGCGUGUAGGGAAUAGGAAUCAUUCAGCACAAUGGUGCCGGUGAUUGAUCCGCUCGGAGAGCAUUCAUCAGUCUUUUGGCUCACUUAGACAGGACUUGAAACACAACCUGAGAUACAAAGAAAGGACUUAAAUAGCUGAUAAGGCUGAAAGCAUUAUUUCGCUGACCACAUUAGAAAACCUGCUUGUUAACACAUGAUAAUUCAAAAUGAGGUGAACAAAAGUACCUUGAUCCCUGUGUUUUCGAUGGAACCAAUCCUCUCCGUAGAUUAAAGGAAAUUAAGACCCUCAUAAUUCGAUUCAGCUGCGCUCCAAGCUGUUAUAUUACGAGAUAUCUGGAGAUCAUGGCUACGCUAACUGCCAUCAUCAUUUCAUCAAUAAAAUUCGUUCGGGACGCUAGCCUAUAAGAAAUACUGAUCAGGGGCUGGGAGCCUUUGUUAAUUUCUCUGAGAGAUCACACGCCUAUCGGAGUGUAUCAUCAGAGAUGACAUAAAGGACAAAUACAUCCUAUCAAUAACCAGCGCCGCGGGCCGGUUGGUGGCUGCGCAGUACUGCGUAUGUGGGUCCAAGACAAGUAUGUCGGUCGACUGAGCCUUCGUCAGCAAGCCGGGCUAGAUCAACCGCAAGCUUGACUAGCUUUCGGGUCGAUUGUUUGUCUCGGCAACUGCGAAAUUCAACUCAUGAUUCGUUCCCAAGGUUUGGUAAUGAUUCGUCACCCAGAGACACCGCCAGUUUCUGUUAGUGUAUUGGCGAUCUGAGCUCGUGUUCACCGUGGUCCGUGUUAUUAAAGGGACCGUUUAGGCACAAGACAUGGUAAACCCGUCUGCACAUGGCACAUUUACCAUCUAAUCCUAGAGCAAUGUGCCCAGUCCUUUAAUCUUCCAUAGUCUCUGGCAGUUCACGCCAAAUCGCCGGCGGGAUUUCUGUUUAGGACCUUAAAAUGUGCACACUUGGGCCACGACAUGCAACCCUCUUCGAAUGCUAUAUCCGACACAGACUAACUGCGGAGUCGUUAAGACUCACUUCCCUGAUCUUCCAGGAGUGUUGGAAUGUUGGCAUACAGCUCCGUUUGUGAGGCACUGGAUGGCUGUUGUAAAAAAAAACGAAAAUAUACGCGGUGCUCACUGUCUUCCUGCAAGCCAUUGCUCAUUUGCACCGAUAAGACUUCGUCCGAUGACCACAUCAAGAGAGGGCAGCAGCAGUUGCUCAUUUUCCUCUUUUUUCUUUCUACUUGCCCCCUUUUUUCCCUUAACUAGCCAGUCUAUUCUGAGAGCAGCAAACGUGUCUCAGACAUAACGGUGCCCAAGGGUCGUUUGAUGCUGGCUAAAGGUCGCUUUUUCUAGCUUUUGAAUAGCCAGUUCUCUCAGUCAAGCGGGGACUUGGGGGCUUACGACGGUUACAUGAGAUGUGAUAUCUCGUGAAAUGUUGACCGAGAUUCUAAAAUGUGUCAUUUUAAUUAGGAAAGAUCGGUUGGGUAGGAUCGAAAGACUACCUGCCGCGCCGCAUAAUCAUACGAUAUUUCAGUCAGACCAGGAUGCUAGCUUUUUAGCUAACUUCUUUUCGGCCGCUUGUCAAGGCCAUACUAUAUACAAAAUGACUACUUAAGUAGUAUGAGUUAUUAUUCUUUGCCCUUAGCGCGCUCAUGUAUUCAAGCAUAUUUCAGAGGAGGGGCAUGUAAAAACACUCUUUAUUGUGCUUAUUCGGUAGUAAAUUACGUCUUUUUCAGAUUUCAUGCUUGGAAAGAGAAUGCAUUUGGGUUUUUAAGACCUUCUCAAUUCCCGAAUAAUUUCAAACCUGGUCUGCCGUUGCAUUUGUAUCCGGGGUUUUCGAACUAAAAGUUCUAUAUCUCCCCUAUAAGGAAAACCACAUACAUGUGCGUUUCCUAGCUCAUGAAGUGUUUACCUAUAUUCUGGAUUGCGUUCUCGACUCAAAGGGAUUACUUGAGUAGGGUUUUAAUAUUAAUAACCAUGCAGCAUAAUAAUAUAAUCAUAAUUCAGUUGCCUCGGGAUUUCCGCUUUAAAACAAACUUCAUUUCGGCCGUAUUCGGUGGAAAAUAAUUUAUCACAUAAACUUUAUACUCAGCAAAAGGGUAGAAUUCGACUUUAAAAAAGUUUUAAAUUCUGGGAUUUUUUAAAACCUAGAAACGUCCACUCAUAAAAUCUCAUGUCUCUGCAUUAACCAGUGUUGUUUGUAAGGCUUAUACUAUGGUUCAACCCCAUUGCUAAAUUACAUGAACCUCCUAUGGUCUCUUCUUGAUAGAACUGUGCUAUUUUCCGCGCACGGAAAAUAUACAACUUGUAGUGUGGAAACCUUGAAUGCAUGUGUCACGGCAGGUCAGGCUCAAAAUUGUUGGGGAAUAGGAACGUUUUUAAAACCAAAUUCUAUCCUUUCCUUAAGUAUAAAAUUUUAAAAAGGAGUCAUUUUAUGCAUGUUUUCCAUAAAACAUCUGAAUGCAUAAAAACAUCAAAAAUCAAUAUAAGAAAUACACACUACAUAAGCAGUCACUUUUUACCAAAUCAGCUUUUUGCAUGCUGCCGGAAAGAAGUUCACCUAAAAGUCCCUGCAACAUAAUUAGUGUCACAAUCCUGGUCAAGUAAUCUUUCCUAAUCGAAAACAUAUUUUAGAAUUUCAGUUAAUAUUUUUUGAGAUAGCACACCUUCUGAACCUAGCUAUAAGCACAGGUUACCUCAAAAAAGCUGUCGCUUUUUGAAACAUUCGCACGGUUUUUUAAGGGUUCCUGCUUAGAGGCCUUGUCAGAAGUGAAAUAAAAGGGCCCAAUUUAAUAGACUUGCAAAACGACAACUCGCUGGUAAUGUGCAGUUGAUCAAAAAAUAGCCCUUUAGUGCGUUUUAUAAUUAGAAGUGCGUUGUAACCAUGCUUCGCAUAUGAAUGUUAAUGUCCUUCUUCCUUAGUCAACGAGAGGUCGGUGAAAAGAUUUUCCGAUACCCCGAUGCAUUCGCAUUAACGUCAAAUAAAGGUACUUGGUAUGCAUACAAAGAACCUACCAUUGGCUUGCCAUUUUUUAGCUUCUGUCGUUUUGCUUACUUGGCCGGCCCUUCGUGAAAAACGCGGUCACUUCAGCGGGAUUAGAACCUGCGACCAGUGCUUUAACUACGCGAACUAUGAAGCCCUGACUGAGGACUUUGAUUCUUUCCUAUUUUCAUGAGUUUUCAAAUCCAAUUGUUGGGGCAUUGCACAGGGGUCUCCUAACUCUAAUGUGGUAGGCCGAUCGUUUUCCUAAGCAAUCAAUCGAAGAUCCCCCAACUGACUACCAGAUCCACAUUUGUUGUCAAUGUCUUGAGUUAUGUUUUCUUCAAAAUAGCAGUUUGCGCACACUGUUCCCACUUAACUUGAUGCUGUCUUUCAUUUGAACGCCCCCCGGAUUCAGCGGCUUUACUUUUAGAAUAUUGGUGGCACAGACGAUCCCUGGAAUAUGAGUAAGAUGUCGAGUUUAGCAAAACUGACAGUUUGAUACCACCGACAGUCUAUUCUUCGUAAAGCCCAGUUUCAUUUCGUUCUCAGUGUCCUUUGGGCUCCUACAUUCAGCAGGCUAGACUUUGGUUGUCAAGAUUGACAAGUGUCGACGUAUAUCAUACAGCUGGCUGUGUGAAUUUUAGUCUUCAUUUAUGAAUUCCUCAUCGGGGAUAGGAAAUCAACAGGAGCAGAUGUAGCAUUUGUGAACCGCCUCACGAAUAGACGCGAGCGCAGCAUCAUUUUUAAAUCAAAUCAUAAUUACAGUGCGUGACCGAUCUCAUGAAAUGUUGGCCAAAGUUCUGGAAUGCGUUUCCGAUUAGGAAGGAUUACUUAAGUGGGGUUGUUAUAAUGAUUACCAUGCAGCAUAACCCUAUGACAUUUCAAACUCUCCAAGAUGUCGGUUUUUGAAUGCACUUCGUUUUGACCUCCUGCAGAAAGCACACUCGGUAAAAAAUGACUACUUAAUUAGCAUGCAUUUUUCCUAUUGAUUUUCAAUGGUCUUAUAAAUUAAAAUAUAUUUUACAGAAAACAUGCACAAAAGCAUUCUUUCUUUUGCUCAUUUGGCAGGAAAUCACGUUGCCUUCAUAUUUUAUGCCCAAGGAAGGUGUGCACCUAGGUUUUAAAGAUGUUUCCGAAUUCCCGAAAAAUUUUGAGUCUGGUCUGCCAUUGCAUCAGCGUUUAGCAAUUUAGGUAUACAAAGUUCGUGCUUUCCGCAUAAGGAAAUUCAUAUAUUCCUUUAUGCCUAUAAGAAGAUACCACAUAGAGUUCAUGAAAUUUUGCAGUGAAUCCGGAGUGUUUUGCGCAUUUCAUGAGGAGCAUAAGUAAACGGAUAUGUGCGGUCUUGCAUGCAUGGACAUUGCACGGUCUUAAAAAUCUCAUAAUUAUAAACCUUUUUAAAACCUAAAUAUACACUUUCUUCGGGCAUAAAAUAUAAAGACAGUGUGAUUUCCUGAAAUAUUGGCAAAAGAAAGCAUAUUUUUAUGCAUGUUUUCCGUAAAAUAUAUGUUAAUUUAUAAGAUCAUCGAAAAUCAAUAGGAAAAUACAUGCCAUUUAAGUAGUUAUUUUUACCGAGUUUGGUUUUGUGCAGGAGGUCAAAAAGAAGUACAUUCGAAAGCCAACAUCCAGUCAAGUCGAAAAUGUCAAAGGAUUAUGCUUUAUGAUAAUCCGUAUAACGACCCACUUAAGUAAUCCUUUCUAAUCGGAAACGCAUUCCAGAAUUUUGGUGAACAUUUCAUGAGAUCGGUGUUCGUCAGUACCUCAACGGUACUCUAGUACUUGUUAGUGUUUUGGGGCCUACACUAGGCUUGAGGCGCCCGGAGUUUCGUUUAAGUUUUUUUCUUGAAAUUCUGACAGAUGUCGGCAAGUUUAAUUCCAACUUCCUGUUUUAGAAAUGUCAGCUCGUCAGCUACUUGGCCUCCUGAUCAGUCUUCACUUGUCCAUUGCCUACGCGGCAGUCCUCUAUCCCUGGACUUACGCCGACUUUAUGGACACCAGAGGGAUGGCGCUCGAGGACGACGGUGAGGAGGAGGAGGAGCACCCCGGCAUUGCAAAACGUCCCUUCUACAAUCCCUGGGCUGACUACCAUGACCUCAUUUCAAAGUUGCAACGUUUGCACUCAGAUAGCCUGAAGAGACUCAGCAAACGACCAUUCUUUAACCCCUUCAUUUUUCGCAAUCGUACACCCGAACGACCUUUGUGA